GGAGAGCUUUGUAGCAGAAGAACUGGAAGUGGUUCUUUCGAUUUGUUUCUGAGACUGCUCGGAGAAAAACAACACGAUAUUAUCUUUGAGAAGGUGCACAUCAUAUUAUUCGGCACAUUUUUGAAAAAUGGCUUGCAGGAGGAGUAUCUCCACAAGGGUCAUCUUGUUCUCGAAGCGGCUGCACCCGUCUUUUGGAUACAUUACUCAUAAGGAUGAUGAUAACAAGUGCCAACCACCUGCAAUAGAUCCAUCUCGACCCACAGUUAGUAAUCCCGUGCAACGUAAAAACACCUGUAUGACCAAUAUAUUUGCUGGGUCAGGGGCUUUCAGAAGGGGAGGAUCUUCUUCUUUCUCGUUUGUUCCUGGAAUUGGUUCCUCAUUCUGUAGUUAUUCUACUGGUGCAAUUGGAGGAGGCUCAGAUAAAAUAGAGUACAUUGGUGAUGUUACUGAAAUUCUAACAGAAACGAGUGCGGAACUUGCAGCAUCUCAGGUCCCUGUUGUAAGUGAAGUUAGUAUCGCAGCUGCCGAUUCGUUCUUCUCUAUAGCAGCAUUACAACAUCUGAUUGAUUUUAAUCAUUCUAUGACUGGCUUUGAUUGGUGGGCAUCUAUAGCAUUUACAACACUUAUGAUUCGAUUGGUCACACUUCCAUUAUCAAUUCAUCAGCUGAAAGCCUCUGCGAAACUUUCUUUGAUGAAACCAGAGUUGGAAGCAUUGAAAGAUGAGAUGCAGAAUAUGGCAAUGGAUCCUAAACUUCAUGCUGAAGGUCAGAGACGAAUGAAGGCUCUGUUCAAAAAGCAUGGCGUUAGUCCAUUUACUCCGAUGAAGGGUCUUUUAAUCCAAGGUCCCAUCAUGAUCAGUUUUUUCCUGGCUAUUAAUAACAUGGUAGAGAAAGUUCCAUCUUUUAAAGAGGGUGGAGUACUUUGGUUUACUGACCUCACAACUCCAGAUUCGUUAUACAUCUUUCCGGUGUUGACAGCACUGUCCUUCUUGCUUACAGUUGAGUGCAAUAUGCAAGAGGGUAUGGAAGGCAAUCCUAAUGCUGGCAUGAUGAAGAACUUCUCUAGGCUUAUUGCUGUUGUUACAGUUCCCUUUACGAUGAGUUUUCCCAAGGCAAUAUUUUGUUACUGGGUUACCUCCAACACCUUUUCACUUAUCUAUGGACUAUUUAUUAAGCGUCCUCAGGUGAGAAAUGUUCUCGGACUUCCUGAUCUGCCCCCACCAUCCACUACCUCUACCCCGCAGCAAUCGAUUUCUGAACUCUACAAAAGUUUCAUAGCUAAACAGGCACCUCCUGCAUUAAUCGCGGAGCCAGAAAAAAUUUCUGACUGCAAACCAGCAUCGUCUUCAGUAAUGAGCCAGCGGAUUAGAAGUUUAGAAAAAAAAGUUAAGGGAAAAAAGAAAAAUAAGAAGAGGUGAGCUGCCCAACCUUUUAUUUCCUUGGAAGUGUAACUGUCAUAAUUUAUUGGAUAGACAUGUUGCUGCAUUAAGCUGGUAUAGUGAACCAAAUAAAGGAAAAAAUCCAACAGUUGAAUUAAUUUUGUGAUCAGUAGAGAAUACAAAAAUUGUAGUAUAGGGUUCAAUCAAUGCCCGAGAAUGCAGUUGUUGCUUAUAUCUUAUUUUUGAGAGCGGGAGAAAUUAUCAGUUGUAUUUAUUUAUUUUUUUCGAUGGGAAAAAGAAAGAGAUCAUGAUUGUAGUUGUUCCCCUUUAUAUUUUUAUAAUUUUUUUUAUUUUAAUUUGUUCUAGUGGGGUUUCAAACUCUAUGAAUUAACAUCCUGUUGGCUUGUUUUACUGAAAA